AUGGGUGCGAGGCUGCUUCGUUGGGUCCUGGCGCAGGCAGAGAUAGGGAGGAAGAGCAGGAGAAGCAGCGGGGAUGAGGUCACAGAGAAAUCCAUGGCGAGUGGUGCCAGGCCUCUUCUCGCUGUGCCGUCCGCUGUCGCCGACCUCGCCACCGUCCACGGUGCCGCCGUCGAGGCCGUCGAGGACUUCCAGCGCCGGGAGGCCGCCAGCGGCCCUCUCGCCGCCGAGGAGCCCAUCUCCAGCGAUUCUUCGGCAGCAUCCACGCAUGACAAUGGCGGUUCGUUGAGGACAUCGGAACCUCCCGCCCAUGGAGUGCUCGAUGACAGCGAUAUGUUCAGGCUUGACUUAUUCCGGGAAAUUGACCUGGGCUCGUACUACAUGAGCCUGGCGGAGGCCCUGCUCAAGGACCCGCCGCCGCUGGCCACCGCCAACAGCUCGUCCUGGGACAACGAAGACUGCGGCGACGGUGCAGCCGAUUUCUCGCUCUGGAGCUACUAUCUAGUGUCGAUAACUUUCCCCCGCAGAUUCUAUACUCUGCUUUGA